AUGCAAGCGGGCAGCGGUUCGACCGGCGCUGAAAACGAGGUGACUAUCCGCAUUCCCUCUGCGCAACCUGGUGCCGACAUUGUGGGCAUACUUCACCAUCGUCAUUCUGCCGCCCAACGCACGGAACAUGUAGCGCUGAUCCUGCACGGUCUCAUGGCGCACAAGAAUCAGAGCUACCACGUCGAGCUCGCCGCUGCUCUGCCCAUGGACAGCUUCCGCUUCGAUUUCCGCGGCAAUGGCGAGACGGGUGGCAGCUGGGGGAUGUGCAACAUCGGACACGAUAUCGAGGAUCUACAGGCGGUGGUGCACCACCUGCGUCACGAGAUGGCGUACCGCGUGGAGCUCAUCGUGGGUCACUCGCGCGGCUCACUCGAUGCGUGGACGUACCUGGCGCGCGACGAACGGCUGCGCUGGGACGACGAUACGGAUGUGCCCUUCUUCGUGGCGGUUUCGGGCAGGUGGGAUAUGAUGCGUGUGCUGGACAGGUACGAUGUGUACAAACGUGGUUUCGACAAGGAAGGGGUGUUCAAGUGGCGUGUCAAGAGUGCCGGUGUGCAGAGGGAGUAUCCUGUCUACCCGUCGGACCUUGGGCGUAUGGCUACCUUCCCCAUACGCAAAAUCGUCCGACGCAUUUCCGCCACCACCGAAGUGCUCAUCAUUCACGGUACCGAAGAUCGAACUGUGCCGGUGCAAGACGCUCACAGCUAUCUGCACGAGCUUCGCAGCAACCCACGACGCUCGUCGGAUGCUCAACAGCUCCAGCUCGUCCCGGGCUCGGACCACAUGUACAAGGGCUACACGCAGCCGGUGGUCGAGCACAUCCUCGAGUGGUACCACCAACGCAAGGCAGCCAAACGUGCGGCUCCCACUCCAGCUUCCGGGCAGGCUCAGGCUCGCCUCUGA